AUAUAUAAUCUUCUCCCCCACACCAUUCGUGAAAGACAUAAGAGUAGCGUAGCCGCCCUUCUUCCUUCUCACCUCACAAGACCAUCUCCGUCUCCCCGUCCCUGUCCUUGGCGCCGUGGCUGCUCUAAGCUCGACGGUGCGACUUUUGCUCUGACUCGGCAGAAUUAGUCCACUCGUCGCCCCUCCCAACUACCCGGUCGACUCUAACUCCGGAUCUCCCCCUUAAGCGGCCUUUAGGUUUAAGAAGAGAAGACUCUGAGUAUAGGCAUCCCUAUUCUUUGCGGACUCAACUAUUGCUCUCCUUACCCGUUCUUUGACUUUCGAUUAGUUAUUUGUAUAAAAUUCGCUCAUGGAUCCUCCACCCGAACCAGUCAGCUAUAUAUGUGGUGAUUGUGGAAUGGAGAAUACUCUGAAGCCAGGUGAUGUGAUACAGUGCCGUGAGUGUGGCUACCGUAUCUUGUACAAGAAACGCACUCGUCGCAGGAUCGCCAAUUAUAGCCAGUGUAUAACACUUCUGUACCACGUGAGCAUGACCGUUAAGUUGUCCAGUACGAGGCACGCUGAAGAAGAAGAGAUGCGGCUGAACUACAAAUCAAAUCACGUCCUGUUUCCGACUAUCUAUGCAUAGGCAAUGUUUGAUUUCUUUCAGUAGUUUGUAAUUUAGGGCGAAAAGAACAAAGAAAUUGACUAAGUGAAUUGUUUGGUGCAUUUGUCUGUGUCAAUAAUGGGAUUGAUGAUGAGAACUCAGUUUGGUGUCUAGUGUUAUUAAAUGUCAUGAUCUUUAUGGUAAUGUAAUGUGACUCCUUGCAAUAUUUUGAUUUUUCACCGA